CUCUCAUCUUUAGCUGCACCGAGUGUUUGAUCGAUCGGAAGCGUUGAGACUUCGAGUAACGUUUUAAUUUCUCGGUUUCAGGCUCUGUACGCUGGUUUUUCCACUCCCCCUCCCGUACAGCCUGCUGUCGACCGUGAGGAAAUCGCUUCGCGUGAAAUUCCAGGCGCCAGAUUUAUCGAGUCCCGACUGCACAAAGUUGACAGGCAAGCUAGCUAGAGCUAACUCUUAGCUAACUAGCUUGCAGCGCUGGUCGGAGGAAGCUCGUUUUUUCGGAGACAGUUUUUGGGGGGGCGUACGUUUAGUCCCUGCGCUGCUACAGGUCGUGGCUUUCCCCCCCCCACCCCUGAAAUUUGACGACUAUUUGCUGUGAGGUUUAGGGCGAUAAGCCGGUCGCUCCUAUCUAGCGUGCUCGAUAUAGCCUGCUAGCUAGCUAAUACCCUGCGUAUUUUAAGGCCUCAGUCCGACACCACCAUCAGCUACCACUACCACACCAUAGUAUUUGCAUCGUGCUGUAAGACAGUUGACAGCUUACUUGGUGACACAGAGACUUCUCCCUGAGGAGCCAAGAAGCAGACGGCUCAUGACUUCUGACCAGGACACGAAAGUUGUAGCCGGACCACAGGUGCAGCAAGUACAAGAGGCAAAAGAGAACUCUCAUUUGGAAUCCGCCAAGGUUUCAGACCUCAACCCCAAUGCGAAAGCAUGGGCCAACCACAUGUUUAGCCUGGACCACAGCGGGAGUGCGGACACCACAACUGCUGCCCUGCAGCCAUGGAAGGAAGGCUGCGAUAGUUCGGCCGACCCCGGCCCAGAAGGCUAUGAAGCCAGUGAAGACAAAGCUUUCAAGGAGCCCCUUCUAACCGACCCAGAUGACCCUCCACCGGUGCCAGUAAUGCUGGCCGAGCCGGCCCCCGUGGCACCCGUCACCCUGGAGGGCUCCGAGCCAGCCUACACAGAAUACCCCGAACCUGGGCAACCAGGGCGCACAGGCAGCGAUCCCCCGCAGGAGAGUCCCCAGGAGGGCUUGAGGGAGCACCUGAAGAAGACCUUGGAGUUCUGUCUCUCCCGGGAGAAUCUGGCCAGUGACAUGUACCUCAUCUCCCAGAUGGACAGCGACCAAUAUGUGCCAAUUGUAACGGUGGCCAACCUGGACCACGUCAAGAAGCUCAGCACGGACGUGGAGCUGAUCGUGGACAUUUUACGAUCUCUGCCAUUGGUCCAAGUGGAUGAGAAGGGCGAGAAGGUGCGACCCAAUCAGAACCGCUGCAUCGUGAUCCUCCGAGAGGUUCCUGAGAGCACGCCUAUAGAGGAGGUCGAGGCUCUUUUUAAAGGGGACAACUUACCCAAGUUCAUCAACUGUGAAUUUGCCUACAACGACAACUGGUUCAUCACCUUUGAAUCAGAAGCAGAUGCACAGCAGGCAUAUCAGUAUCUCCGUGAGGAGGUGAAGACCUUCCAAGGGAAGCCUAUUAAGGCGAGGAUAAAGGCAAAGGCAAUCGCUAUCAACACUUUCAUGCCAAAGAACGGCUACCGGCCGGUGGAGGUGAACCCGUACGCCCAGCAGCGCUACACUUCCUACUACAUCCCGCCGGUUUACAGCCCCCAGCAGCAGAUUCCCUUUUACAGCCUCAUCACGCCACAGGCCUGGUCGACCACACACAGCUUCAUCGACCCCACUAUGGUUUCCCCGUUUCACAACAACCGGUUCAUCAAUGGAUUUACCACAUCACACAGUUUCAAACCAGCGACGUCCCCCCUCACUGUCAGACACUACUCGCCCAGGAACAGGAAUCACAGUAAACCUCACUUGAGGCCGACCAUCCCCACAGCGGACCGCAGCGCCGGACUUCUGGACAACCCAGGUCUGUUUCCCAGCUUCCCCAGCGAGCGGCUCAACGGGAUCCGCAGCAGCCCGCCGACACGACUCCCCACCAGCCAGCCCCGAACCCGGUUACCCUCCACCGCAGCCUUCCCUCGCAGGGACACCGUGGGCACGGGGCGCGUGACAGAGCCCAUUACCACGGACUACUCGCUGGGCAUCGGCCGAGGAAGGAAAAAGAGGGACGAAAAGUUUACAAGAGUGACGCCUCAGUCGCCUCCUCCUCCCAAACCCCCGUCUCCGAGCUUCGAGCUGGGCCUCUCCAGCUUCCCUCCCCUGCCCGGAGCCGCCGGCCAGCUCAAGACCGACGACGUGUUCGACAACCGGCUGGCCAGCAGCGUAGUCGUCGGAAACGCCAAGGAGCGGAAUGCAAGCGCUGAUUCCAGUGCUGGAGGAGCGCUGUCUCCAGCGGGCCCCAAAGAGCCCCUUCGGACCGCCCCCUCCCCGAUGCCCACAAGCUUCCAGCCCUCGCCGACCCCAGCCACAGCCUCGACUCUGACCCCGGCCGCUGGCCCGCCACACAGUCCCGCUCCCUCCCUCCCAGCUGCGGAGGUGAAGGUGAUGGAGGUGAAGUCGAAGGAGGUGCAGUUGUCCGUGGAGCGAGUUCCCGGCACGCUGUCCACUGCAAGCAAAUCGGUGCAAGUCAACGGCGCAGCCACAGAGCUGAGGAAGCCCUCCUACGCUGAGAUCUGCCAGCGGGUGAAGGACACGGCGACAUCACAGCACCCUCCCACCCCCAAGGAAGCCAAGCCAGCCUGCGCAGCCCCUGGCGGCGAGGAGCGGAAGUGCCCCGACGCCGGCGCUGCAGGGGAGGCCAAGGCCAGAGAGACAUACCCCCCCUCCUCCAAACCCGGCUCGGCUGCAGUCGCCCCCGGCAGCAGACCCGCGAGGGAGGCGCGAAGGCCGGCCGGCCGGUGGGCCUCCCCGCCAUCGCACCCAGGGAAACCCCCCAGCAAAGAUCCCCACCACACCCCGCCCAAGUCCCCGCAGUAG